AGUUCCCAGGCAGCAGCGGGUGACGCAAGAUCACCACCACCAAGAUAACAAUAAAACUGGCUCUCUCGUGUAGUUAAGGGACAGCCAGCCACUCGUACGAGACCCAGAUACGUCGACAGGCGUCGCUUCCUGAUAGUCAGUCUUACACACCCACAACACUGUGCCGAGACCCUCGUCCGAGGCAACAUCCACCGGCCUCUACUGACCGAGGUCAUCACCACCUGAGGUCAUCACCACCACCCGAGUUCACCAUCACAUGAGGUCACCACCACAUAACGUCACCAUGUUUGCAGCGGUGGUGCUGGUCAUCAGCCUCCUGACACAGAUGGAUGCCGGUGAAGGUGCUGACGCCUGCCCAGCGCCCUUCUUCAUGAUCGGGGAGGGCUGCUACUACUACAGUGAGACCUUCAUGACGUGGCAAGAGGCACGAGCGACCUGCAAAAACCUCUUGCCGGAGGAAGACGCCGACCUGGUCGUCAUGGACACUUACUGCGACGACUUCCUGAAAAUAGAAUCCUACGCCAUCUCCAACGGCCUGAAGUCAUUUUGGGUUGGCGCUGCUAAAGUGAACCUCCAGGACUACUGGUCGUGGGUGGAUGGACGCCCCGUAGACCUCACGGGUCAUUACUGGAAAGCCGGAUACCCAACAAUUGCCAACGAUGAGAACUGCGCCUACGUGAGUUCUACUGGUGAAUUCGUCUUGCGGGUGCGAUUAUAUAACGACGUCUGUUAUGAUAUAUGGCCCUUCCUGUGCCAGCUGGGCGUCCAAGCAUUGGAAUAGACUUGGAUAUUGUGUCUGCUCAGUCAUUAAACUAUAUAUUUCAGUACAAAAUCUGAACUGUUGGAUAUAUAAAAAAAUCUAGAAUAUGUACCCAAGCACUAUUAUCGUGAUAACCUAUAUGUUCUAUUCUGUUAAGAGAGCAGUUUGAAAAAUCAUAUAUAAAACAAAAACUUUACAAAUAAAAAGAUAAUGUUUAUAAUAAAUGCGUCAAGCGUUCCAAGUAUUUCUGUUAAUAAUUGUUGAGGUUAUUAAUAAACAUUAACUGUAACGUA